AAGGUACUAACAUAAAUUAUUCACAAAAAAAAAAAUCCCACAAAUUUAACUACUUGAUUUGAUCCGGCCAAGCAAAAAGAAAAUAUGUUCGAGCUGACAGCAAAACCAAACAUGUUCGAACUGAAGAAAAGCCGGCAGCAACCAAGUCGUUGGGACGUGGUCUCCUUCUUUGGUCCCACCAUUUUCUUUCACACGUUCAUGCUUCUCUUUUCUGUCCCCAUCCUACAGUUUCGCAUGAUUUGACCUCUGAAACUCAGAGCACAUGGUCUCCGACCCAGAGAGCCACUUAUAUUUCAAUGUCCGAAAAACCCAUCUCUCCCCAAAUUUCCCCCAAAACCCAUGCAUUCUCUAUAACCCAUUUCUUACUUCACUUUCUCUCUUUCAUUCUUUUUUUGCCACCAAAAUUCCAAAAACCCAUAUUUAUUUUCUUGUCCAGAAUGAGUCACAACCUUAAAGUUUCCAACUUUUUCACAUUUAUUUGGUUGGGCAUUGUUGUUUUGAGCUUGAUAAAUUGUGUACAUUUUGUUCGUUGCCAAGUUGUGGAUGACUAUGAGCAGUUUGACAACCCUGCAGUUCUUUCUCUUCUCACGCAGAUUGUCUAUGGUCGCCUAAACAAUCUUACUACUGCUCUCAGUCAUGAUUUCGGCAACCGGUCCAGCUUCUGUGUUAAGGAUCCGGAAGCUGAAUGGGAUCGGGCAUUCAAUUUUUCGACCAAUUUGGAUUUUUUGUCUUCUUGCAUUCAGAAGACUAAAGGAGAUAUUACAAGGCGUUUGUGUACAGCAGCGGAAAUGAAAUUCUAUUUUACCAGUUUCUUUGAAAGCACUGGGAGUGCCAACUAUUUGAAACCUAACAAGAAUUGUAAUUUAACCUCAUGGGUUUCUGGUUGCGAGCCAGGCUGGGCCUGUAGUGUUGGUUCUGAUCAGGAGGUUGAUCUUAAAAAUUCACGGGUUAUCCCUUCAAGAACUAGUCACUGCCAAGCUUGUUGUGCAGGCUUUUUCUGUCCCCAUGGUAUUACAUGCAUGAUACCUUGCCCCUUGGGUUCUUAUUGUCCCCUUGCAAAACUCAAUAAAACAACUGGUGUAUGUGAACCAUAUCUAUACCAACUACCUCCAGGGCAGCCAAACCAUACCUGUGGAGGAGCAAAUAUUUGGGCAGAUGUUGGUAGUACUAGUGAGUUAUUCUGUUCCGCUGGAUCAUAUUGUCCGACAACCACUGAGAGAGUUACUUGCAGUAGUGGGCAUUACUGCAGGAUGGGUUCUAUAUCUGAACAACGCUGCUUCAAAUUGUCUUCCUGUAACCCAAACACAGCAAAUCAAAAUAUUCAUGCAUAUGGAGUACUGCUGAUAGCUGCUUUGAGUACUCUGCUACUCAUUAUUUACAACUGUUCUGACCAAGUUCUAACCACUAGGGAAAGGAGACUGUCUAAAUCAAGGGAAGCAGCAGCCAGAAAUGCAAGGGAGACGGCAAAAGCACGCAAGAGAUGGAAAGCUGCUAAAGAUGCUGCUAAGAAGCAUGCAAGUGGAUUGCAAGCUCAUUUGUCUCGCACAUUUUCUCGUAAGAAAGAUGUGCCAGAUCCUGAGAAACUUAAGAUUUUGAAUCAAAGGAAACCUGAAACAGAUGAUGAUCUAUAUCCAUGUGCUUUGGAUACAUCUGUAUCUUCAUCUGUUCAAUCAGAAGGAAAGAGAAAAGAAUCUGGUAACCUCAUGCAGAUAAUUCAUGAGAUUGAAGAUAACCCUGAGAGUUAUGAAGGUUUCAGUAUAGAUGCUGGAGAUAACACUAGUAAUCUGCCAAAAGGAAAAGAAAUGAAUACUCAUAGCCAAAAUUUUAAGUAUGCAUAUGCUCAACUUGAGAAAGAGAAAGCUCAGCAGCAAGAAAAUAAAAAUCUUACCUUCUCAGGAGUAAUUAAAAUGGCCACUGAUACACGAAUCAGGAAGCGGCCGCUAAUUGAGAUUUCUUUCAAAGACCUGACCCUUACUUUAAAAGCAAAAAAUAAGCACCUGUUGAGGUGUGUUACUGGUAAAAUCAAACCUGGCCGAAUUACAGCUGUUAUGGGGCCAUCAGGGGCAGGUAAAACAACAUUUCUCUCUGCUAUAGCCGGAAAAGCUAUUGGAUGCAAUGUCAGUGGUUUAAUUUUAAUAAAUGGAAAGAACGAAUCAAUCCACUCCUAUAAGAAAAUCAUAGGUUUUGUGCCACAAGAUGAUAUUGUGCAUGGAAACUUGACAGUGGAGGAGAAUCUAUGGUUUAGUGCAAAGUGCAGACUAUCAGUGGACUUGUCGAAACCAGAUAAAGUUCUGGUUGUUGAAAGAGUUAUUGAAAACUUGGGGCUUCAGACAGUACGGAAUUAUUUGGUUGGAACAGUGGAGAAGCGAGGAAUCUCUGGAGGUCAGAGAAAACGAGUUAAUGUUGGACUUGAGAUGGUUAUGGAACCUUCACUUUUAAUUUUGGAUGAACCCACAUCUGGUUUGGACAGUGCUUCUUCCCAACUGCUUCUUAGAGCACUUAAACGGGAAGCUCUUGAAGGAGUAAACAUCUGCAUGGUGGUUCAUCAACCAAGCUAUGCCUUGUUCAAGAUGUUUGAUGAUUUAAUACUUCUUGCAAAAGGCGGUCUUACUGUGUAUCAUGGACCAACGAAAAAAGUCGAAGAAUACUUUGCAGGCCUUGGGAUCAAUAUUCCAGAUCGUGUGAACCCUCCAGACCAUUUUAUUGACAUUUUGGAGGGUAUAGAAUUACCAAGUAGAAGUUCAGGAAUGAGUUAUAAAGAACUCCCCAUCAAAUGGAUGCUUCAUAAUGGGUACAAAGUACCCCCUGAUAUGAGACAGAAUACUGUUGGAAUUGCAUCUUCCUCUAUGGAUGCAGAUUUGACUAAUGAGGUAAAUCCUGCUGGUGCUAUGAUGGAGGAGCAAUCUUUUGCUGGUGAGUUAUGGCAAGAUGUGAAAAGUAAUGUGGAGCUGCAUAGGGACAAGAUGAGGCUCAAUUUUUUGAGUUCCAAGGACUUGUCACAGCGGAAAACUCCAGGUGUAUUCCAACAAUAUAAAUACUUUCUCAUCAGGGUUGGUAAGCAGAGACUACGAGAAGCUAAAAUUCAAGUAGUUGAUUAUUUUAUUCUGUUACUUGCUGGAGCUUGCUUAGGAUCACUUGCUAAAGUGAGCGACCAGAAUUUUGGUGCAGUUGGUUAUACUUAUUCCAUUAUUGCAGUUUCACUGCUGUGCAAAAUUGCUGCUUUGAGAUCAUUUUCCAUGGAUAAAUUACAUUUCUGGAGAGAGAGUUCUUCUGGCAUGAGCAGCUUGGCUUAUUUUCUUGCAAAGGAUACAAUUGAUCAUUUCAAUACAGUGAUCAAACCCGUGGUGUAUCUCUCAAUGUUCUAUUUCUUCACCAACCCAAGAUCUUCCUUUGCAGAUAAUUACAUUGUUCUUCUCUGCCUUGUGUACUGUGUGACUGGUAUAGCCUAUGCAUUUGCCAUCUUCUUUGAACAAGGUGCAGCUCAAUUGUGGUCAGUCCUCCUUCCAGUUGUUUUGACUCUUAUUGCAACACGACCAAAAGAUGGUCUAAUCAUUAAGAAUUUAGCUAAUGUUGGUUACCCUAAGUGGGCUUUGGAAGCAUUUGUGAUUGCUAAUGCUGAAAGGUACUAUGGAGUUUGGCUGAUAACUCGCUGUGGUUCGCUUCUGAAAAGUGGCUAUAAUCUUCAUGACUGGUUUCUUUGUAUAGUCAUCCUCAUCCUCUUUGGUCUUAUCAGUCGUUUGAUAGCAUUUUUCUUUAUGGUAAUCUUUCAAAAGAAGUAAGGUCAGACAUCAAACUCCUUUUUGUGAUUAUUUUCUGUCUAUAACUUUGCGGACUAGGAGGUAUGCAAUUAUAUAAAGCUUACAUCUCCUUCCACAGCUAAAUGAAAAUAGAAAUAAGGAUUCUAACGAUGAAUUGGUUGCAUUUUCUAACAGUCUAACAAACUAAAGAUGUAGAUUAGUUGACAAAUUGAGCAUUGAAGUUGUAUAUUGAUAUUAUUGGUGCUACUUCAAACCAAAAAUUCUUAGCAUUUUGUAUUCUUCUCUGGGAAAGCGAGUAUGGUUUGUAUGUAAACUAUAUAUUGAACAAAUCAUGUUAUAUUUCUCAAAUAUUCUUAAUAAAAAUUCUGUCUGCAUUUUGGAA